AUGAUACCUUAUUGCUCUUGUAUAGCUGGAGCAAAUGGUAAAUGCAAGCACGUAUUUGGAACUUUGAUGUAUAUAAAUCGUAUAGGGCUAGAGAACUUGCCGAAUUUAAGUUGUACCGAUUUACAACAAAAUUGGGGUAAAUGGAAAAAGAAGGCAAAUUUUGUUACGGGUGUAUCCAUAAAUAAUUUAUGUCACUAUCAAAAAAAGCAGACAAUCGUAAAAAUGACACAAGAUCUGGAAGACGAUAUUCUACAAUCGCUACUUUCGGGAGUACCACUAUGUGAGGCAGCAAUACAUAUGGCUCGAGUGAGAGAAACCAGUAAAAAAUUAAAUUUACCGAGGGUUUAAUGCAAUAUAAGUUUUUAAAAAUUUCUCAAAUUUUAAAGUUUUAUACUUUUUAU